GCUGAUUCUGAGACCUUCAGCUUCAUUUUUGCUUCUUUACUACUGCAACUACAAGUGACCAAAACAAGACUUCACCAUGGUGUCAAUGGGACGACAGAUGCUGGGCUUUGCCUUGGCCGUCAUCGGCUUCCUGGGGACUAUCAUUGUGUGUGCUCUGCCCAUGUGGAAAGUCACAGCCUUCAUUGGAGCCAACAUUGUGACAGCCCAAGUCAUCUGGGAAGGCUUGUGGAUGAACUGCGUGACACAGAGUACAGGCCAGAUGCAGUGCAAGAUCUAUGACUCUCUGCUGGCACUGCCCCAAGACCUGCAGGCUGCCCGAGCUCUGGUAGUCAUCGCAAUCAUAGUGUCCGCCUUUGGGAUUCUCCUGGGCAUCGCUGGGGGCAAGUGUACCAACUUUGUGGAGGAAGAGCGCGCCAAAGCCAGGGUGGCCAUCGCAGCUGGAAUCAUCUUCAUCUGUGCUGGCGUCCUCAUCCUCAUCCCUGUCUGCUGGUCAGCCAACACCAUCAUCAGGGACUUCUACAAUCCCAUCCUCACCAACUCCCAGAGAAGGGAGCUGGGAGCUGCGCUGUACAUCGGCUGGGGCACUGCAGGCCUUCUCAUCUUGGGUGGCGGCCUCCUCUGCAGCUCCUGCCCGCCCAAAGACGACGACCACCCAGUCAAGUACUCCCAGCCCAAGUCUGCAGUCGGCAGCCGAGCCUAUGUUUGAGAGGCAAAUUCUUCUGAAAAAGACUGUAAAUUAUUUUACUCUGUCCAAGGUAAUCCUUCUGCAUUGUGAGCCUCAGAGAGUGCCAUGAAUUGGUAAAAUUAUGUCUCAUUUUUUUUUGAAAGUGACACAAUGAGAAUGGAGUCUUUUAAAACAGGAUUUCUGAGUAUUUCAGAAACCCAUCAGUGAGGAAAGGCAGUGUGUUUUCUUAAGGAAUGAGAAAUACAGUGCAAAGAUGUGGUGUUUACCCACGGUAAAGGGAAGAAAACCUUAUAAUGACAUGUGAUGACGACUGGGCUGAAGGAAAACCAAUCCAUUAGAAGCUUCUAUCAAAUCUAACCUUUUUCUGUGCAUGAAGCCAAUCUAAGCUGUGUAAAGAUAUUCACCGUCAGGAAGAACUAUGAUGGAACAAACUUUGCACAGUUUGUGAUGUGCAAACUAUUUCUAUAUUAGCUGAGCAUUUUAUGAGCAUCUGUAUUCAUUUGCAAAAGAUUGUUUUUAUUU